UGAGGGCGUAGCGGUGCCUUUUGAGCAAAGGUUUCGCGGCGCGCGGUGUCGCUGCAGUGAGAGCUAACGCGGAGUGCGAUGAAUCGCUGCCGCAAGGAGUGCGUCGGCCUCACAUGCAAUGAUGGCUGCCGAGUCUACCCAGCUGGGGUCGCACGCAGCACGCCGGAGCUCAUACGAGCUUACGAGCGCGGCACGAACCGGACAUUGCUGCUGGAAGAGUGGCUGCUCUCGCAUCGAGGAGAAGAGCUGCCCGACGAGCUCGUAGCCCGACUCUUUAUGCGUCCGUCGGGCGAGGCGCUCGAGAUCCCGGCGUGGCACGAGGGAGGAGAAGAACCAUUCGACGUCGCGGUACUCGCCGGGGCAUUGAACACCGAUCAAGACCCAAUACUGGCCCUGUUCGUCUUCGACGACGAAGUUUGUAUGCUGUACUCGAGCUGCUCUUAUAAUAGUCCCGUGGAAUUUGACAUCAAAGUCUGCCCGCGCACAGCGUGCUUCGAGGCGUUCGCGCGAAGGGUGCAUCUCGGCGAGGUCGCUCCCGCGGCGACGCCUGAUGAGGACGACACCUGGCUCGCAAGUGAAGAGAGUUUUUCAGACGAGUACAGACCGUUCGCCAUCGACGAGCCCCUCCGUGGGACGGCCUGUCAAAAGUAUGAGAGACGCUCCAGCUGGCCGAUAACAAAUACGUCCACGGCCGUCGACAUGCUUCUGGAGGCGUUCGACGGGCGCCGACUCCUCACGUGGAGUUAUUUCUUCUUUGCGGACCGGCAAAACAACGCUCCCUGGCCCCCUUGGGGUCCUCCAUGUCCAGGACCUGAUAUCCAGUUCAGCAAGAUCGUCCUCCACAUGUACUUGCAAUUGUUCGAGGAUCUGGAAGAGGACCUGCCGGCGCCCGGCGCGCUCCGGCGCGCGCGCAACUGGGACGUCCGCGGCGCCCACGUCCUCCGCCGCGCGCUCGUGGAGAAGAAUCGCGCGACGACGGGCCAGCGCCGGAAGCGCACGCGCCGCUUCGAGGACGCGUGCUUUACCGAAUUCCUCUACGCGACGUCGCCGACGCCCAUGUUCCGCCUCAUCCUGUCGUUCCUGUAAGAUAUAUUGUAAC